ACGGCUCGCGCACCUGCCGCUUUCCACCAAGGAUCGAUCAACCACGCUGUGUGAUUUUUAGGGACGGGGUAAUUUACCAUGUGCGUUUGGCUUUUCGCGUGAAAUUCAGGAAACAGGGCUGCUAUCUUCAAAUAUAUGCAUGAACAUUCAAAAGGAGAAGGAUAGAAGACUAUCUUAGUGGCUGUAACUAGAGCAGAGCGUGCAAGAUGACUCAGUAUCUACCACCUAACUUGCUGGCUUUAUUCGCCGCUCGCGAUCCUGUACCAUAUAAGCCGCCAGUCGACAAACAGAGCCACGAGAAGAAGAGAGUGCCAUACGGGGGAUUGGCACAUUUGUUGAAGGAAUUUGAGGAUCCUAAAGACACCCCACCGCCCACUCGUGUUGAAACCAGAGACGAGCGAAAGGAAAGAAAGCGCAAGGAACGGGCUGAACAGCAUGCCUACAAGUUGGAACAGGACCUGGCCCUUUGGGACCCAGCCUCCACUGCACCCGGUGAAGCUUACAAGACUCUGUUUAUUGCAAGAAUCAACUACGAUACAAGCGAGUCGAAACUGAGGAGAGAGUUUGAAGUGUAUGGACCGGUCAAGAGGAUUACAUUGAUCCAUGACCGGAAUUCCGGAAAACCACGAGGAUAUGCUUUCAUCGAGUAUGAACAUGAACGAGACAUGCACUCUGCUUAUAAGCAUGCCGACGGCAAGAAGAUUGACGGGCGCCGUGUACUGGUGGACGUCGAGCGAGGCCGGACUGUUAAAGGAUGGCGACCCAGGCGACUAGGUGGGGGACUUGGCGGAACCCGUAAAGGAGGUCCGGACGAGAACACGCGGUUCUCUGGACGUGAUGAGUACGCACGUGAGAGUUUCCGUGGGGAUGAGAGAGGUGUUGGUGGAGGAGGCGGCCGUGAACGUUCCCGUAGCAGGGAGAGAGAACGUCGCAGCCGUGAGCGAGAACGUGAACGUCCCAGACGCCGAAGUAGGAGCCGAGAGAAGCGUCGUUCUCGCAGUCGUGAGAGGAGGAGAAGCCGGGACAGAGAUGCACCUGAAGAAGAGGAAAUGGGACGUUCCAAGGACAGAAAGCGCUCGCGACGCAGUCGGUCCCGCGAGCGUAAAAGGAGCAGGUCCCGUGACAGGAAGCGCAGUCGCCGUAGCCGCAGCAAGGAACGCCGCAGACGACGAGAAGGUGGUGAUGAUGGUUUUGAUGAAGUCGUCGUCAAGACUGAGAAGGGUGAUGACUACGGCUAUGGUGGCAUCAACGGGAGUGGAAAUGUUCCUCAAGAACCAGAACCACCAGCACCAGAAGAAGCUGCACCACCACCAGACAACAAUGGAAGUUUCCCCGCCAUCGAGACGCAGAACGAGGCAGAACCACCACAGGAAGAAGAUGGAUACGGAGAAUGAAGACCUUCCUGAUUUUCCAGUUUUCCUUUGUGAGACUUUCGGGACAGUCUUGACAUUCUGCACAUGUAUUUGAGUUGGUGUUCUCCUGAGCUAGGUCACGUGUGUGUUCUACUGAGCUAGGUCACGUGUGUGUUGUAUGCUCUGCUAGCACUUUACCACACUCAGAAUUAACUCUUCAUACCCUGGUACAUUUACCACUGAGAAUUUGUCUCAAUAUUCCCUCAAUUUCAAGUAUUGCAGCGACUUAAUUUUGCUCAUUUCACGCUGUUGUGUAUAUAUAGGGUAAAUAUUCCGUAACUUGUCACCACAUCCACCAUCAUCAGUCUUGCCAACAUAAUUUUGCAGGGUUUGUUGAAAUCGGAAUAUCUAAAUCGAUGAGUUUUGCAAUUUCAAAGUCUCUGCAUCCUUGAUUUCAAUUGUUCAUAAUCCUAGUCGAUUGUUCCCAGCUUUGUUUUAAGGACGGUUCAGUGUUUUACAUGCAGCAAUAACUAUUUUAUGCUUGUAUAGAAACGCCAAGUCCUGUAAACUUGCAUCAUUGGAUUGGACUGUUUUCCUGAACUGUUUGAAAUCCUCCCAAGAAAGAGUUUAGUCAGUCACUAAUCCGUUUCCUAGACCAAGAUGCUGUGCAUCUGCACUCCACAAGCUAAUCAUCCCAGAAUUCAUUAGACCGUCCUUGUUCAGAGGAAAGGCAUCUUUGUUAUCAUUAUUUUAAAUUGUCAUCAAGUUCAUUUGCAAAUUUUUAAUGUGUUACGCUUUUGUGUCUUAGAAAAUGCUGUGUAGAUGAACUAAUCAGAUUGCUGUUAUUAUAAUGUAAUUCAAUUGGACUACCAAAGUUGUGAGGGUUGUCCAGAAUUUAGAAGCCUUUAUGACAUUCAUCAGUAACCAGUGAUUCUGGUAGCAUCUCAAGAUAAGCACCAUCAAGCCAAGAUCAUCAGCUGAAUCGGACAAGCCCAGAUGAAAAUGAGGGCUUUUAUCAUUCAGGACUCCUCCACUUGAUGAACGCUAGGGAUUUGCUGUACCUAUUCAAUUUUGAAAUUUCAUAUCUAGAGCAAUUGGUGAUCUUGUAGAGUAGCCAUGAUUGGAAAGCAAGGAUAAAGUUUCAUGCGUUCCAAUUCUCUUCCAGCUCGGUAUUGUGGCAUGAGCACCUAAUGGUAGUCGUGGUCCUCCUACACAGCUGUAAUGUUUGUCUACUGUAAUAAAAUAAACUAAAUGAGAAA